AUGUCAGACCAAGAUGUCGGCGGCACUGGCGCAAACGACGAUGAUCUCUCGCUCCCGAAAGCGACAGUGAACAAAUACGUGUCUGAGAUUCUAGGACCAUCUCUCUCCGCCUCCAAGGAAACUCUUCAGCUCGUGUUGGACUGCUGCAUAGGUCUGUGGAGACUAAGGGACGAGUUCAUUCACCUCGUCUCGUCCGAGUCCAACGAGGUCUGUGAAAAGGAAUCUCGCAAGACGAUAUCGCCGGAUCAUGUUCUUUCAGCGUUAAAGACGUUAGGCUUUGAGAAGUACAUUCCGGAGCUCGAAGAAGUCGUCAAGGAUCACAAGCAGAUUGUCAAAUCCGACCGCGACCGAAAGGCUGCCAAAAUGCAGGAUAAUGACAUGAGCCCAGAAGAGUUACUCGCUAUGCAGCAAUCUCUCUUUGCUCAGAGCGUCGCCAAGUUGAACAACGGAAUCGCGGAACCGGCCACACCGUAA